AUGUCCUGGCAGCGCCGCCCAACGGUGCCCCAUCGGCCGGCAUCCGCGCCAACGUCGCCCGAGGCCGGCCCUUCCGCGCUGGCGCAUCACUACCUGCAGAGGUCGCCGUACCGCCCCGCCUAUCCCUCGCCGCUGUCGCAGAAGCCCCUACAGGCCUCGGUCUCGUCGAGCCGGACAGGCGUCUCGACGGCCAACUCGACCCGUUCGGCCACGUCGGACCGCACCGCCUCGACCUCGGCCACCUCGCGCUUCUCGAUCACCCAGGCCUUUUCCUCGCUCCGCCAGCAUGAGGUCCGCUUCUUUGACCAGGUCAUCGACCUCCUCCCAUCGCACGCCGCCGACUUUGCGCAGCUGAAAGCGGCCUACAACGUCGUCGUCGCCUCCGAGAUCGAGGGCAGGGCCAGGUCCGGCCGCAAUGCAGGCAAGCGAGCAGCUGUCGAUGGGGGCAUGGUGGAUGGCGACGGCUCGGACGAAGAGCAGGAGUGGGACACAAAUCUCUGGUCGUGCCUACUCAGCCUGGUCAAGGUGCGAGGGCGAGACUGGAAGGAGCGGUGGGACUCGGUCCGCAUGGCCCUCGGCCUCGAGCCCAGGAGCAGCGGCGACGAGACCGGCCAGACCACCCAGAGCCAGGACGAAGGGGACGACUCGGCCUCGUCCAAGUCGCCAUCCGCCUCGGCUGAAGACUCAUCGAGCGAUCCAAACCGACACCCGUGGCAGCGGCGCCCUACAUUGACCCACGCAGCGACCCCGCGGCGGCAGCAAGAGGACGCGUCCCAUCACCAGCGUAUGGCUGGACAGAAGCGCAAGGCGGAUGUUCCGCACUCAAGGCACGAAGCAGCAGCAGUUCCUGAGGUCGUCGAGCGUAAUUCCCGUUUCGGCACCGCGCCGGGGCCGUCCCGGCGUCGCGGCGAUGCCGAGGCCGGACCAUCGCGACCGCGCCUGCGGGCCAAUUCGCACGAGGACCGCCUCGACUCGCCGCGCUCGUCGUCGUUCGAACGCAUCGAGCGUCGCCGCAUGCUCCAGCUCGGCGUCGACGGCUUCGCCGAAGCCGAACCACGAUCGGACACGGAACCGCUCGACUCGGUCCGCUCCCGGCUGCAGAGGAUGCGAAUUCAGAGCGGAGGUCCGGAAGACAGCGAGGCGCGAGGACAACGAUUCGACUCCUCCAUGUCGGACCCGGAAGACUCGACGCGCGCGCUCGCCUCGUCGUCGCCGUCGGGUCUGCCCUCGACCGCACAGCGUCGGUUCCAGGAGGUGGUGCGCAAUUCUCAGGCCGAGCGCGAGGCCCUCCGCCGAGCCAGGAUCGCGCGGCAGGAGGCCGAGGAGGAGCAGCAGUGGUCCGAGGAGGCCAGGAGGGCCGACGAGGUGUUUGCGCACCGUCUGCUGCGCACCUGCCUGCAGUGGUGGCUCACCGUCGCGCGCCGGCAGGCCGAGCAGGUCCGGCACGCGUCCGAGGCGCACGACCGCAUCGUCUUGGCGCGGAGCUGGGACCGCUGGAAGGAGACGGCGCAGCAAGAGUCGGCCGAGCGGGUUCGCGCCGAAAGGAUCGACCAGGUGCGGUGCAAGCUGGGCGCGUGGCGAAGGUGGCGGCGGCUGUGCCGGCAGAGGCAGGCGGCCAAGCAGGACGAGAAGAAGCGCGCGCUGCACAAGGCCUACUACCAGGUGACCAAGCGGCAGAAGCGCCACGUCGUCCGCGAUAGCUACCAGGCGUGGCGCGGCCUCUACCUCGAACGCGUCGCCGACGCCAUCCGACGCCGUCACCUCCAGCAGGGCGCAUUUGCCAUCUGGCAGCUCCGGCUGGCCCGUUCUGCCAACCUCGCCGCGCAGGAGUUCGAGGUGGUCCAGCGCCACCGCUUCCGCCUGAUCGAUGCGGCCUGGACAGAGUGGCACCGUCGGACCAUGCUCUCGAUCUGGCAUAACACCCUCACCGUCGCCGUCGAUCGCCACCUGGUGGCCGGCGCAUUCGCCCUGUGGCGCAAGCAGACGCUGCUGCGCGAGCUCGCCGAGGCCUUUGAGCGGCGGCGCCUCCAGACGGCCGGCUUCGUCGGCUGGAAUGAGGCACGCCACGUCGCCGCAGAGCAGAGGCGCAAGGAGGCGCUGGCCGACCGGUGGCGGAACCGGCGGUCCAAGCGGUCGGCGCUGCAGCACUGGAGGCAUCGGCUGUCGUCGCUGGUCGAGCUGGUGCAUCGGGCGGACCGCUUCGUCGAGCAGGUCGGCGAAGCGAGGCUGGCAUCGGCGCUCUCGAUCUGGGUGGCGCUGGAGCGCGGCACGCUGCUCGUGCGCGUGCGCGAUGCGCGAGCCUUGGAAGCCAUGUUUGCGCAGUGGAGGCAGCACCAUCGAGCACUCACCACCAGCCUGGCCCAGCGUGAAUCGACGGUCGGCGCGCGACGCCGCGAGAAUACGCUGGCGAUGGCCCUCGAGCACUGGCGGCAGCGCUGCUCGAACGUUUUGGGCAUGCAGCGCCUCGCGGUCGAUACCGAUGCGGCGAGGGUGCGGUUCACGCUGUUGGACCUGUGGAGGGGCAGGGUCGAGGCCCAGGGCGCCAGGGAGCGGCAGGCCGUCGUCGCCGGCCGAGCGAUGGUGCAGCGGCGCGCCCUAUCGGUCUGGACGGCGCGCCUCCGGCAAGCACGGCUGGAAGCCCUGCUAUCCGACCGCGACGACCAGGCGCGGGUAUCGCACCUUGUCUCGCGGCGCGACGGGCGCCUCCGGGCCGAGGCGCUGCAGCACUGGCUGCACCUCACCAUCGAGCGGCGCAACGCCGAGCUCAAUGCCGCCCUGUACCGGCGGCUCAAGCAGCAGCAGGCGGCCUUUUACCACUGGAUCUCGCUCUGCCUCAAGCACGACGACAUGCUCAACCUGGUGCAGUCGCACGUCGACCUCAAGCGCGCCGCGCAGGUGCAGCGCGCCUUUUCCGUCUGGCUCUCGCGGGCGCGGGCCGAGCGGGAUCGGAGGCAGCGUCUGUCCUCGUUCCUCGCGGGGCGGCGCCACACCAGCCUGCUAGAGGGGUUCGAGACGUGGCGAGGGCGGUACCUGGAAUCGACGCUGCGCAGCAUCGAGUACGAGGUGACGCUAAAGCACCACGAGGUCAGCGUGCUGCGCCUCCUCCGCGUGUGGCAGGAGCGCACGACGGCGCUGCCCGCCAUCCGGCUGCGCAACCGCAACCUCAAGCGUCUGGCCCUGCACCAGUGGAUCCGCGCGCUGCCCAAUCAGCGUCGGUCGCGCCUCGCCCAAGAGCGCGACGAGGACAAGGUCAAGCACGGGGCCAUGGCUGUGUGGAAGGCGAAGUGGCGAGAGAGGAAGCGCGUCCGUGCCGCCCAGCGGUUUGGCGCGCUCGGCGUGGGCCGGCUGCGAAAGAGGAGCGGGGGAAGCCUUCGUCCUGCCACAUUGUCGUCGUCGUCGUCGCCGUCGGCGGCAUCGUCGUCCAAGAGGUCGAUCGAGGUCGAGACGAGAAUGCAGCGGCGAUGGGAUCAAGAACACCACGACGACGGCGACGGCGAGGGAGAGGGAGGGGGCCAUGAUGCGGCCGACGAUGCGAUAUCCUCGUCCUCCCCCUCGGUCGCGCCAUCCGCGGUGCCCCGUCACGACACGCCCGCCUCGCACCUCUUCAGGCGCUUCCGACGGCUCAGCUCUCCCGCCCGUCCGCCCCAGGUCGAUCGCGGCUAA